AUGCACUCUGAAGCCCUAGAUGAAGUUGGAAUUCAUAUUGUUUACCAUGCUUCUGCUGAAAAUGUUCAACUUGAAAGUGAUAUUCUUUUGGGUAAUUUUUACCGAAUACAGAGUGCUUUCAAAUAUGGAGCAAGGAAGCUUGGCAUGAUUCUUUCAUUAUCGAAUGAGAAAAUGAUCAAUGAGCUCAACAAGUUCUUUGCAAGUACUUUGGAUAGGCAUGGAAGCAAUGAUUGGACUCAUGUGCAAAAUUCCUGCUUAGUAUCUAGUGCUACAAAUUCUGAUAAUUUAUCAUCAUCAUCACUCUCUGAUACAAGCUCUGAGGAUAAAUUACUUUUGAGAUCUACUGUUGGCUGCAGUAAUGAUCAACCUAGUGGGAGAUCUCAUAAUGCUUCUCAGUUGAAUUUUUCACGCCCAUGUGGAGAAAAUACAAAAUUUGAAAGUGAAAUCUCCGAUGAGAAAGCACAGCCAAAUUUUGUCACUAAUGGUGAAAUUAGCUGCAUUUUAAGGUCAGAAUCAAAAGAGAAUCAUUUUGUGAUUAACAAUUCAGCUUGUUCAUGUAUGAAGCAUGAUGUUGAAUCUCCUUCUAGCUCACUACUUCCUACUCUUGCCCAUAACAACUCUGAGAACCUAACCUCUACUCUUGGGGAAAUAGCCUUUGUUAGCAUUUCUGAGAACUCUCAAUCUUUCAAAUCAUUGUUAAACCUUAGUGGAGAUUAUAAGAGCCACUUAAGGGGCGUAUUAUUUGGUCUGUACUGUCAUUCUUAUGAUGUCUGUGCUCCAAUACUACUAUCUCCUCCUAUGCUACCUCAAUCUGAAAAUAAAAAACUAUGGAGAACUGUCUCCCAGUCCUUACAGUUGAAGGAGAAUGCUUAUUCUACAAAGAGAAAAGGUGUUCUGGGACAACAACGGUUCCCUUUGAAACCUUCAACAUCAUGUAGCUCUGCUUUCAAUUUUGAAGAAAAGCAACAACAUCGAGGAACUGGAACUUAUAUUCCCAACAUGGGUUAUCAUUCAAAUAGAACAGAGAAGAACCGGACCACACGAAUAAAUGGUAAGUUUUGUGGACACACUGAUGAUAAUGGUCUGGCUGCAACUUCACAAGAGACAGAGUCUUCUAAAUAUGGUCAUGUGCUAUCAGAGGCAGAGUACCCAUAUCUGGGGAAUGGAAAGCCUAUGCCAAUAGAAGUUCGGCUAUCUCAGCCAUCUGUUUGGGGUUCUUCCAAUGCCAGUGGCUUUUCUCAACCAUCAAAGGAAAGUGAUUCUGAUUGUCAGGGCAUUCACCAACAAGAAGGGUCGUUGCUAGAAAAUAACUCUCCACAGUAUUCGGACACUUCGUGCACUUGUGAUUCUACUUCAAGUCUUGUGGUAUUAGUAGCAGAUGCGACUGAAUCAGUUUUAGAGAACGACCAGGAAAGGGUUGCACUGCAGUCAUAUCAUUUGAAAGAUGAAGUUGAUUUUCCUCCUCUGUCCUACAGAAAAGCGCUCAAAACAUGUUAGUAUUAUAGAAUAUGGUAAGCAGAACUUUUAGAUACUAACAACUAUGCAGGUUUAGAAGGACUUGCCUUUUGUUUUCUUCUCAUUUUGCUCGGAGCUUGAUGUGGUCCUGACAUAGAGAAGCACAUUUGUAAAUUCCUCUGGUCCAUCUUCCUCCUUUACAGUAGGAUAUGAGUGCAAGUUUGACAGCAAUCCUAAGCCUCUGGGGACUUUUUAAUUGAGACAAUUUAAUUUCUUUUUUUGAACA